UCACAAUCUUAUUGGACCAAAUUUCUCCACAUGAAUUCUCAUCUACAUUCUUCCAAAGUGUAGUUAAUAGACGUGCCAAGUUCCUCUGUGUUCUCUUUGCCUCGACACUCUGCAUUCAAGUUCCAUAAUGGCAGCAACCAUAGCAACAACAAUGGCUAUGAUCAACUCAAAGUGCAUCAACACAACAGGGUCAUCACACAAGUUGCACAACCCCAAGCUCCCACCCUCAAAACCCACCCUCUCCCUUUUCUCCCUUCAGAACCUCCCAAAGGGCCUAACCUCCCACGUCUCAACUUCCACAGCAGGCACUGCCAUCGCAGGCGCAAUAUUCUCCUCACUCGCAAACUGCGACGCAGCCUUAGCUGCAUCGCAAAUUGCUGAAUUAGCCGAAGGUGAUAACCGCGGGCUGGCAUUGUUGUUGCCGUUGAUUCCAGCCAUAGCGUGGGUGCUGUUCAACAUUCUGCAGCCAGCACUGAACCAACUGAACCGCAUGCGUAACAGCAAGGGGGUCAUCGUUGGGCUCGGGCUAGGGCUCUGUGCAUCGGGCAUGAUGUCCGGCCCAGAAGCGUCGGCUAGUGAGAUUGCUAUGAUUGCCGAUGCUGCUGCCAGUGACAACAGGGGACAGCUUCUGCUGUUUGUGGUUACACCAGCGAUUGUUUGGGUUCUGUACAACAUUUUGCAACCGGCACUCAACCAGCUUAACAGAAUGAGAUCCGAGUAGAGUGACUUUGCUAUGCUAAGGCUAAGGGAAUGGAAUUUUGUGCACCCGAUUCGUUCCAAUGCUUUUUUCCUUGUACCACUUCCUGCUUGUAACUUGUAUCUAUUGCUCUCUCUCUCUCUCUCUCUCUCUCUCUCAAUAUAAAACUGCUUCAAGUUUCAUUCUCAUAA